AUGGUUGUUGGUCCAACUCCAGAAAAGGCGACAAAGGGUGUUCCUGAUCGAUGGUUACAUUGUCCAAAAACUGGAAACGUGAGUAUUAACUGAAUUUAGAAGUAAUUUCUCAUAUGCAUGAAUUUGUAGUUGAUAAUGGACCAAUUUUUCCCAUUCAAAACUCCUCUUUGUGCAUUAUAUGACAACCAAAUUCCCGAUAAAAAACUUCGUUUUCACGUCAAAGACGUUUUUUCGAAUAUAAAUCUUGGUGGACGACGAAUUGGAUUAUGGAUUGAUUUAACCAAAACAGAUCGAUAUUAUUUUCGCGAGGAAGUUACGGAAACAAAUUGCAUUUACAAAAAAAUUCCAUUAGUUGGUCACAAUGCAUCUCCAUCUGAAGAAGAAACGAAUGAUUUUAUUAGUGUUGUGUCGAAUUUCCGCCGAACUAAUCCAAAUGAUAUUAUUGGAGUUCAUUGUACCCAUGGAUUCAAUCGAACUGGAUUUUUGAUUGCUGCUUAUCUUUUUUCAAUUGAAGGUUGGGGAAUUGAUGCUGCCAUUUCUGAAUUUGCUCAAAAUAGAAAUAAUGGAAUCUAUAAACAAGAUUAUAUAAAUGAUUUAUUUGAUCGAUAUGGUGAAGAAGAUGAUGAUAGAAUUGAAGCACCUCCAAGACCAACUUGGGAUGAUCCUGUUGGAAGUAUUAUUGAAUCAACACCAUCAACAUCAAAUAUCAAUGGAGCAAAUCAAAAUGGUGUUUCAUCUUCAAAAAAUUCGUCUUCUUCAAAUGGCAAACAAUUUAUGGAUGGUUUAGUGAAAGGAGUUACAAUUGUUGAAGAUAUGAGUAUCAAAUCAAUGCUUCGAGCAAAAAUUAAAGCUUUCUGCAAGUAUGAACGAGAUGGAUUUCCUGGUCUUCAACCCGUUUCUUUGAGUCGAAAAAAUAUGUCAAUGUUAGAAAAUGAACCAUAUAUGGUUUCUUGGAAAGCUGAUGGAAUGAGGUAAAUUGUUUCACUUUUUCUAGAUUUUUAUAUUUUUGCAAAUUCUAGAUAUAUGGUUUUGAUUUUUGGAAAAGACGAAGUUUAUGCUUUUGAUCGAGAUAAUGAAGUUUUCCAAAUUCAAGGUUUGGAUUUUCCUGCGAAAAAUGGUGGAUAUCUUAAAAACACUCUAGUCGAUUCUGAAAUGAUCAUCGAUAAAGUGAAUAUGAACGGAAAAAUACGAGAUGUUCCACGGCUUCUUAUUUAUGACAUCAUUCGAUAUCAGGUAUAUUUUAACCGUUUUGUUUGAACAAUCGUAAAUUCAAAAUGUUUAUGUUUCAGGAUAUUAAUAUGAUGAAAGAAAAAUUCACAACUCGAUCGGAUUGUAUUCGAAAGGAAAUUAUCGAAGUCAGAAAUCAAGCAAUACUUGUGAGUUUAUAACAUAUCCAGCUUGAAUUUCUAAACUUGAAGUUCAAUCAGAUUUUCAAACCUAAACAAAAAAUUCCAGAAAAAUCAAAUAAACAAAGAGCGCCAACCAAUGUCUGUAAGAAUCAAAGAUUUUUGGCAAAUGGAAGGAGUUUCGAAAUUGUUUGAGCCGAAAUUUGUUGAAAAUGUUGGUCAUGAAAUUGAUGGACUCAUUUUUCAACCCGUUAAUCGAGUAAGGAAUAGUUUUUGUAUUUUUUUUUCAAUUAAUCAAUUUUGAUUGUUAUUCUUUCAGCCAUAUACUCCGGGAAGAUGCGAUUCUGUUUUGAAAUGGAAACCACCAUCACACAAUUCAGUUGAUUUUUUAUUGAGAAUUGAAAAGUAAGUGAAGUUUUUCUGUGAUAAUAAAAAAACCACAAAUUAUUCAUUUUGCAGAAUAACAAAAAAAGGAAUGUUGCCAGAAUUCAAAGGUUUAUUAUAUGUUUUACACCAGAAAGAUCCAUUUGGAAUGAUGAUUGCAACAAGAACAUUACAAAAAUAUGAUAAUAAAAUUAUCGAAUGCACACUUGAACUUGAUCAAACUGGAAGGGUUUGUGCAAACAUUAAGUUUAUUUAUUUUUCCAAAUUAAUAUUUUUUCAGCCAAAAGAAUGGAAAUUUAUGAGAGAACGUACGGAUAAAUCAGCACCAAAUGCUUUAAAAACUGCCCAAAAUGUGUUUGAAACCAUGACAAAUCCUGUGACAAAAGAAUAUUUAUGCGGGUAAAUAAUUUUUUAUAUUAAUUAAAAUGUGAUCAUUUUAGAGGAUUCUUUAAUUUUAAUAAUACCUUUUUCAGAUUUAUCUCGCAUAUUUGCAAUCGGCCACCAGCUCAAAAACGUCCACGACACGAAUAA